AUGGAUAUCAAUAAUGGCCGAAAAUCAAACGAUAAGAAAGAAAACAAACCCUCUUCAAGCAAGUCCACUGAAGAUAAUAAGAACAGUAUCGAUCCAAAAAAACCACCCCGUAAAGGUACUCCGUCGAAAGUUACUUCGAAACGAUACAAUCCUAGGCGUGCAUCUGUAAAAAUGCCGGACUUGCAUUCUGACAAAGGUGAGUCAUUUGCGGGUGGCAUCGUAGAAUUUGAACCAGACAUGCCAGAUCUGGUGGAAGCCACUAUUCCUGACGCCAUUCAUGAGGCACGAACGGUAAAUGGCUUUCAAAAUAGUGCUCAACCAGUCUAUUCAAACCGGGUGGAAGUCAGACCAUUUCUGCCUUUGCCAGAACCAAUCAUCUUGAUUCCCGUGCACCCCGUGCACCCCGUGCAUCCCGUGCAUCCCGUGCAUCCCGUACAUCCUGUGCAUCCCGUGCAUCCCGUACAUCCGGUCUACACGGGCGGCACGAUCGAGGAGUAUCAGCGGCGUUGGCGUGAGUGGUACUAUCAAAUGUACUUUCCUCCACGAUACGAACAGAGGAGACGCCAUGGCCAAAGUGUGCGCGCUGAACCCCCGCAGCAGAACGCUAGUGGUAAUCAGAAUGCCGGGAAUGUGGAGACUCAACAACCGCCUGCUAACGCAGAGGCACAAGUUCAAGAACAACCUGAGGUGGUAGAAACCCAAUCACAUCCCGAAAGUGAAGAAAAUGGACUCAAAUCUGGCAGCGUGAGCACUGAGCAUGAAACCCAGGAUGGUGAUAUCCCAUGUGGUGACGAAAAAGCUAGUGAUGUUGAGAGCAAGCAGGAGUCUGAGACCCCGAAAGAUCAACAAAAACAAAAGAAUAGCAAAGGUGUUAAAAAAACUGUGACAUUUCAAGAUCAACAACCUCCCCGGAAAAAUGCGGAAAAACAGUCACAACAGAAAUCUACGGAUGCAGAUGACACCAAAAAAUCUGCGACUGUCGCUGCGAAAAAUAAGAAAUCUAAAAAGAGAGCACAAAAGCAUCGUAAGGGUAAGAAACAUGUGUAA